GACUAUGCAGAAGAGAUCAGCGUGAAACAAUCCACCUCGCAUACUUCGAUUGAUCCCAAGCAGUUUAUUGAGGAACUCAGUGAUAGCGAAGACUGGGAGGAGGUGGUCCAAUUGGUAACUAAGCCACCGACACUUAAAAGACCAGCGGAAAUAGAAAUAGAAAUAGAGAGACCAGUGAAGCGUGGCCUACUCGGCUCGGCACCAACUCAGCCUAUUAAAAUCCCCCAGAAUGGACCGGUACUAACUAGUGGGAGACCUCUUCCGCCUGGGUUUAUACCGCCACCGACACUGUCUGUGAAAUCAUCGGUACCUGUCCAACGUAUGAAACCGCCAGCACCUGCUCCUCAUCCAUCGAUGGAAGAGAAGUCCUUCUUUCGAAUGGAAUAUCCGAGUGUUACGCCAAAGAUUUAUUACAGUCACCCUCCGGUGAGUAAGCAAGAGAAAUCGAAUGAGUCAACAGAACCUGCACAGGCAAGAAUCGCUCCAGCGAAGCCGCUACCCUCCGAACAUGGCUCUUCCUUCGGCUGGCGCCAUGAACAGGGUCAUCCACUACCUGAGGAGCCCCUAGCAAAACACGGUGGAGUGGAAUCGAUGCAUGGAGGAUAUUUUGACUAA